AUGCUGAACAGCAGAAAUUCGACCGACUGUUGGGAAAGGGCCGAUGUUGGGCAUAUUGCAUUUGCCAUUCGCGAAUUUUUCCAUGCAAUCUACGUCAUCUAUCCCACCAAUUUCAUAUCAUAUCUCAGGUCAAUAUGGAAGCCAAAAAAGGUACGUAACGUUAAAGUAAGGCCGGGAAGGCGUUUUUCAUUUUUUAGGAAUCACUUCGUUGAUAGAGGAGAGGUCUCCAGUAGUCAGGAUGUUGCUACGUAUGUUAUAUGUCCUUUACUUGCAAGCGUACGACUGCAUCCAAAUCUUGUUCUUGUUGGUAAGGAUAAGGAGUUGUCGAGAAACAGGUGGCAUCAACGCGAAUCUCAUGAUUUCCUGGACGAUUCCCGUCGAGUGGUUAUUGGGAGAAUUCCUAUAAGGGCAACAUCUGACAAUUGCGACGUUGAGUACGAGCAACAAGAAUCCCCACCUCCCGCUCCACGAGACAUUCUUGCUCAUCUCUUUCCUCCAUCAACCUCGAGAAAUUCACAUAAAAAGCAGAAUAGUGGCGUUGAAAGAAGCUGUCCGGAUGCUUUCAACCCGCUUUCCUGCAACCUUCCUCUGCAUUCCCAGAAUCGAAAUGCUGUCGACAAGGAGUGGGCACCUUUAGUCACCGCUGGAGAAGAGAAGGUUGAUCUCACCUCAUAG